AUGCUUGGAGGCAAGGGGAACUUCGCUGUGGUUAUGUUGGAUGUCGACGGUAACGAAUCUUGGAGGUGGCAAGUGCGGUGAGGUGUCAAAGCUUGUAGCUGCCGGGAAUGUUUUUUGCGAGAAUUUAUUGUCACUGAGCAACAUCCCUGUGGUGGUGCCGCAUCUGUAUUUAGACAAGAUGUCUCGGCAAACCGCUCUGAGGAACACCAGGGAAGUUGACAACAAUGGCCACAUUGUAUGUAUAUCACUUGAACACUUUCCGUGCUCUACUGAUGGUGAUUGCCAACACCAAACAUACCAGGAAACCAGCUAACACGAUACAAACUGGACGCUAUGCCCUACCUACCAUGCACCAGGUGUACCAUUCUCUUCUACUGUAAGCAUCACUGAUACGCUACCCCAAAGGGUCAAAUGAGUUUUUUUUUUUUUUGUUUGAAAAACGAGUAAUGUACUGCUGUAGCCUUCUUUCCAUCUUCCAUGAUUUCUACAUCAAUAUUAUAUAUUUCUCCUUAAAUUCCUAAAUCCAGCAAGCUGGCAAUAGACACUGCGCCGUGUCCCCUGUGAAGGUUACAUCUUACAGUACACGACACUACGGAGGGAUUCUCCC